UCGAAAGACGAUGGCCAACGAGGUCGCGGCCUCCUCCAGCAGCAGCGCCGACGACGCAGCGCUCCUGCACAAGAAGGCCAAGAAGCGAAUGUACGACCGGCGCCAGCAGAUGAAGAAGCGCGCCGAGCUCAGCCGGCUCCAAGCGCUCGUGACCGACCUCGAGGGCCAGUCCGAGAAGCUCCAGUACCUUCGGAAGGGCCUCCUGCCGUGGAAAGACGUGGCGAUCGCACUCAGCCGUGAGUCGAUGCUCGCGAUCGACGCCAAUGUGAGCCUGAAGCAGAACAUCCGCCACUACGAGCGGCUCGCGGCCCACCUCUCGAAAUGGGUCUACGACAUGACGGCCAUCAGCCGCGCGCCGCCGUCGCUCGCGGUUGCGUGUCGCCAGACAUCGCUGCCCAUGCGCGAUGCGUCCCGCCACUUGGGCUUCGACUGGAUCACGCGGCAGCUCUUUUACAAUAUGCCCCGCUUCCUCGACGAGAGCAAGCUGCCGGUCUCGCUCGAGCCGUACUUCUCGGUGGACAUUGCGCCUGUCGACGACACGUACCUCAUGACGAGCUACCACCAGCGCGUCGAGGACGUCACGCUGCAAGAGAUGCGCGCGUACCUGCUCUCGUCCGUGUUGCACAUGCCCGGCUACGACCUGACGCUCGACGAGACCGACCACGAUAUGGUCUAUCGACGCUACCAGGUGCCCUACUGCAGCGGCCAAGCCCACUACUACGAAAACACACUCAUGCGCGAAUUCGUCGAAGAGAACCGUGUGACCAUGGUCGUCCAGACAGUCUCGGAAGAUGAAAAGUACCCCAACCAAGACGUCCGGCGCGACUGGCUGCAAUGGGUCGUGGCCGAGCGCGUAAGUCCAACGCAAACCGUCAUGAAGCUCGGGACGGUCGCCACCGGCGUGCGCGAUGGCAACGGCUUCUUGCCCGUCGAGACGACGUCGACGUUCCGGAACGAGCUCAUUGGCAUCUCGGACCCGAUCGUGCGCGACGAUGUGUACCGCCGCUGUGUGCGCGAGCACGUGCACCGCAGCCACGCAGCCGACGUGGCUGAGUUCCAAGCCUUUCUGCGGCAGCACCGCUGUCGGUCGUUGCAGUAG